AUGAAUACACUCCUUUUAUUGCACCCAACGGUGGUGGCAGACCCAGAGCAACAACACCUUGUUGUAUCAACCAGAUCAAAGCUUGAGCAAGAAAAUCCUCAAGGAACAAUUUCUCAACAGAUCAUUGAUAGAGUUGCCAAUAGAAAAGUUGAUGAAUUAACAAACAAUUCAUACGAUCAAAUUUACUAUUUGAACCCUAAUACGGAAACAAAUAUCCCAGUUGCUGCCUUGCCAGUCUUAUUGGACCUUCUCAAGGAAGGUGGGGAAUUAUUGGGAGAUUUACCAAAGGGUCAAGAUAUGGAUGGAAUCAUGAAUGGAUUCCUUGUAGGGACCAAUAAAUGGACCAAACCUAAAAAUGAAACUAUUACAAUCCCCUUGAGAAAUUCUGGAAAUAAUAAAAAGAUUGGUGGCGCAGCUGGCGCGGGUUCGACUCUCCCACUCUUCAAGAAGCUCACCAUUAAUUCUCCACAAGGGUUAACUGAUUCAUCAGCAACUAAUUCCGAAGAGGAAGAGGAAACUUCAAUGAAGAGAAAAUUACAAGAAACUAAACUUAGUUAUUUUGAUGAUGAAGAUGAAGAUGCUGACGUAAUUGCAGAAGAUUCAUUGAUUGAUUCAACCACUUCAACUAACCUUAUCACUCCAAGAAGUUGUGAUAUCACCAAAAAGAAGAGAAGAAGAGCUUGUAAGGAUUGUACCUGUGGAUUGAAAGAAUUAGAAGAACAAGAUGUAGAAAAGCAAAAAUCUUUACAAGAUACAAUUCUUGGUGGGAUGGCAAAGCUGGCUACAGCAGAAGCAAUUAAAAUAGAAGAAAGAAUAAAGGCUAGAGGUGAUCAAGUCAAGUUCCAAGAAUCCGAUAUGGCAGAAAUUGAUUUCACCAUUGAGGGGAAGACUGGUGGAUGUGGUCUGUGUGCUCUUGGAGAUGCAUUCAGAUGCGAUGGAUGUCCAUACUUAGGAUUACCACCAUUUAAACCAGGUGAAGUUGUUACUAUUGAUAGUUUGGGUGAAGAUUUUUAA